UGGAGGAGGAGAAGGCUCGUGGGACGUCUGUCGCGGGACGGGCUGGCCAGCUGGGGCGCAGAGCCUAGAGGAGAAGGCAGCGGCAGCGGCAGCGGCAGCGGCAGCGGCGGCAACGUUCGGAGCAGUAGCAGCAGCAGCAGAAACAAGUACCAGCCAAACAGCGGCUCCUCCGGCCCGAGCAACCACAGUCCCCCGGCCGCGAUGGCGCUGCAAAGCCCAGCGAGCGAGGAAGCCAAGGGGCCCUGGCAGGAGGCAGACCACGAGCAAGAGGAGCGGGAGGGUAGUCCAGAGCCAGGGCCUGAGCCAGAGCCUCAGCCCGAACCAGUGCCUGUGCCAGUGACCCCACCGGAGCCCCAGCCCUUGCCGGACCCCGCACCUCUGCCGGAGCUAGAAUUUGAGCCCGAGUCGGUGCAUGAACCCGACCCCACGCCCACAGUAGAGACCCGCGGCACGGUGCGUGGCUUCGAGCCUCCUGAAGGUGGCUUUGGCUGGAUGGUCGUGUUCGCUGCCACCUGGUGCAACGGCUCCAUCUUCGGCAUCCAUAACUCGGUCGGGAUCCUCUACUCCAUGCUGCUAGAGGAGGAAAAAGAGAAAAAUCGUCAAGUGGAGUUCCAAGCAGCAUGGGUAGGAGCUCUUGCCAUGGGCAUGAUCUUCUUCUGUUCUCCCAUUGUGAGUAUAUUCACUGACCGUUUGGGCUGCAGAAUCACAGCAACUGCAGGAGCUGCUGUCGCUUUCAUUGGCCUCCAUACCAGCUCCUUCACCAGUUCCCUCAGCCUGCGCUACUUCACCUAUGGGAUACUCUUUGGUUGUGGCUGUUCCUUCGCCUUUCAACCAUCCCUCGUCAUCCUGGGUCACUACUUCCAACGCCGCCUGGGUCUGGCCAAUGGCAUUGUGUCUGCUGGGAGUAGCAUCUUCUCCAUGUCCUUUCCCUUCCUUAUCAAGAUGUUGGGAGAUAAGAUCAAGCUGGCCCAAACCUUCCAGGUGCUGAGUACCUUCAUGUUUGUCCUUAUGCUGCUUUCACUCACCUACCGGCCCCUCUUGCCCAGCUCCCAGGACACCCCAAGCAAGAGAGGUAUCCGCACCCUGCAUCAGCGCUUUCUGGCUCAGCUCAGGAAGUACUUCAACAUGCGAGUAUUUCGCCAACGUACCUACCGCAUCUGGGCCUUCGGGAUUGCUGCUGCGGCCCUUGGCUACUUCGUUCCCUAUGUACACCUGAUGAAGUAUGUGGAAGAGCAGUUCUUGGAAAUCAAGGAGACCUGGGUGCUCUUGGUGUGUAUUGGGGCUACCUCAGGCCUCGGGCGUCUUGUGUCAGGCCAUAUCAGUGACUCCAUUCCUGGACUUAAGAAGAUCUACUUACAGGUCCUCUCCUUCCUGCUCCUGGGCCUGAUGUCCAUGAUGAUUCCCCAGUGCCGGGACUUCGGGGGCCUCAUCGUUGUCUGCCUCUUCCUUGGCCUGUGUGAUGGAUUCUUCAUCACCAUCAUGGCCCCCAUUGCAUUUGAGCUAGUGGGCCCAAUGCAAGCUUCACAGGCCAUUGGCUACCUCCUAGGCAUGAUGGCCCUACCCAUGAUUGCUGGGCCCCCCAUUGCAGGCCUCCUCCGCAACUGUUUUGGGGACUACCAUGUGGCCUUCUACUUUGCCGGUGUGCCCCCCAUCAUUGGGGCUGUCAUCCUCUUCUUUGUCCCUCUGAUGCAUCAAAGAAUGUUCAAGAAAGAGCAGAGGGAUUCCAGCAAGGAUAAGAUGUUGGUUCCCGACCCAGACCCCAAUGGGGAGCUGCUGCCGGGCUCCCCCAACCCUGAGGAACCUAUCUAAUGCCUUUUAAAAAAAUAUUGUGUGCUCCCCCCAGCCCUUCUUCUUCAUCCCACCCUGCUCGGCAUUUACAUUUUUGCCACCAGCAUACUUGUUCCCAAACCUGUGCACAUAGCGUUUCAGCCACCUGACCAUCCCCUUGGAGCCAAAGCUCUAGGUGUCCCACAUUCAACCCAG